AUAAGUCAGAUUGUUCAGGAUAACAGAACAAUGACUCAACGAGCGCGAAUGCUUCCGAACUUCUGACACUGAAGAAGCAGCAUAAUAGUGAUAAGAUCUGGAGAAAAAAAAAAAAAAAGAUUAUUGUGCUAAAGAGCAAGUCAUGCACAUAUGCAGAAAUGAAUUUUCGAUCUUGAAAAUAGAGGAAAACUAGAAAAAGAUUAGGGCUAAAAUGGGCUGCAGAGGCUGCAAUUCUGCAAAGAAAAACCCAAAACCUUGAGCAAUCAAUCUUCUAUGAACACGGAUCAGUAUAUUGCUUCAUAUAUUUUUGGCAAUGCUCUUUUACGCACGUAAUAUAUGCUCCCAUUUAAGCCCUAGAACCCGACGACCCGGAGCUUCGAUUCAAUUCGCCGCCUCUAUAACAAGCCUCAAAGUUGCCUGGCGCAAGGACCGGAAGCUAGACCAAGCAAUCGAGAACGAUAAACAAUGGAGACUCUGCGCAAGGGUAGUGAGGGAGGUGCUAAACGAACCUGGUCAGGUAAUCCCUCUCCGAUAUUUAGAGAAACGGCGCGAGCGGCUCCGUUUGCGCGUAGGAGUUACAACUUUUCUUGCCCAAAACCCUGGAUUGUUCGAUACCUAUAUGGAUCGCAUCCGACCCAAAUCCAAUCCCGUCCCGUUCCUACGCCCUAGCAAUUGGCUUCGCCAAUUCAUGGAACAGGAAAACAGAAUUUAUAUUCAAAAUGAGAACUUGCUGGUUUCUAAGUUAUGUAAAUUGCUGAUGAUGGCUAAAGAUAGAGUGGUAAGUGCAGAUAAAUUGUUAGAGGUGAAGAGAGAAUUUGGUUUUCCGAAUGACUUUUUGGUUAAUUUGGUGCCUAAAUAUCCAGAGUAUUUCCGAUUGGUUGGGUCUCCAGGAGAGGGGAAAUCGUUCUUGCAAUUGGUUUCUUGGAAUGAUGAUUUUGGCAAGUCAGUAAUUGAGCAGAGAGCAGAGGAAGAAUCGAGGUUAACCGGAAUACGAAUUAUGCCAGCGUUUAACUGGACACUUCCUCCUGGCUUUUGCAUUAAGCAGGAAAUGAGGGAGUGGAUUAGAGAUUGGAUGGAGUUGGCGUAUAUAUCGCCCUACACCGAUGUUUCGCACUUGGAGCAAGCAUCGAGAGAAAUGGAGAAGAGGACUGUAGGCGUUUUCCAUGAGUUGCUUUCUCUUUCUUUAUACAAGAGGAUUCCUAUUCCCAUUUUGGGGAAGUUUGGGGAGGAGUAUAGGUUUUCGAAUGCAUUUCCCAAUUUGUUCACUAGGCAUCCGGGGAUUUUUUACGUGUCAUUGAAGGCCGGGAUCAAGACUGCAAUGCUGAGGGAAGCAUACAAGGCCGAUGAACUGAUUGAUCGAGACCCACUUCUCGAGAUUAAAGAUAAAUUCCUGGAGUUGCUGGCUGAGGGACAUAAAAAGAAGUAUGAGCAGCUGAGAUUACAGAGAGAAAUGAUUCGGGAAGAUAUGAACUUCAUAGCAGCAAGGAGUGCAAUAGUAGAUGAUCAUGGAGACGAUUAGGAGCAGUGAGAAAUUGUAAGGACCAUGGAAUUCAACUGAGAAAGCUGCUCUUAAAUGCAUGCCAAGCUGAUCAGAGAAUGUUUUCAUUGCCUUGCAUAACAAGCAUGGAUGGAAGCAAUAUCCACAAAGUAGCCUUCUUUUUAGCGUUGCUGGUGCUUUGCCCCAUGACCGAGAGCCUUUGGAAAGCCGUUGGCCCUCUUUGCGCAUCACAGUUAACACUUGUUAACCAUGCAUGUUCAUUUCUGGCAUUGGGGAACCCUUCACCUUCUCACCCCUCGCUCGUCUCUGCUAGACAAGCUCCUAGCGCAAACCGUACAGAUGGACGACACAGGCACAGCCAUGGGUCGCAACACGCCAGCAGGAGGCAUCGUGGUCGUCAUCAUAAACACCACGACAAUCCCGAAGAAGAGAUUUGCUGCAGAUGGCUGAGAGAAGUUGACGAUGUGUGCGUAUGUCAAUUGCUUGCUCACUUGCCCGCCUUCCUCUCUAGGCCCGUCCACGAAUACACUGUCAACGUUGGUGAAACAUGCGACGAGAGCUUCCUAUGUGGUUCAUGGAUCAAAAUCAACGAUUGAAAACGUUUUAUGAUGAUCUCCAUACGAUGUUUUUUAAGGUGUGGUAGAAAAUAUUCAUGUGUUUAUGUUUUGCAGUUUGAUAAGUGUGUCAUGCUCCAAGUAGAAUUAAAACACUAUACUUUCAUAUGUUGAUUUUGGUUAUGAAUUGUGAUGUUCUUGUGCAGAAGUUUAUGAAUCAAGCAUUUUUCUCUUUUCUUUCUUUA